AUGGAAGGUCUAUCUUCGCACGAGCAAGUGAUCCUUGUAGGCCACAGCUUUGGUGGAUUGAGAAGAUACCCAAAGAAAAUUGUAGUUGCUGUGUUUGUCACUGCCUUGAUGCCUGGUCCGAUACUUAAUGUCACUACAAUCUAUGCCGAGGAUUGGACGUUGGCCAACACGCUAAUGAGACCGCAACGCCUGUUCAACGACGAGGACAUGACGAGGGAAGUAACGUUGUCCAAGCAAAAUUACGGGUCUGUCCGAAGGGUUGCUGUCAUAUUCGAGGACGACAAGCCGAUAGACAAAGACUUCAUGCUGUGGACGAUCGAGAGGAACCCACCGGACCCAGUGCUGGAGGUGAAAGGGUCAGACCAUAUGGUCAUGAUGUCCAAGCCCAUGCAACUGCUCGCCCUUUUUCAGCACAUCGCCAAUACUACCCAUUACUGA